UUUAACAGCUGACACCCUCGUUGGUCGUCACCAAUCUGGCCUUCCAAGUAUAGAACCCAAGUCCCAACUGAGAGCAAGCGCAUUUUUAGUCCCCAGCAACUGCUCUGUGAUUACAUCAGCACACGCACAGAAACCAAUGUCAUGCCUAGUCCGCCGUGCCGUUCUAAAUCUCCGGUCAAACUUCACCGGAAAUCGUCACCUCUGGACUUCCGGCUCUAACGCCACCGGACUCUAUGGCUUACACCGAUUGAAGUUUCCCCAAGAGAAGCCAGUGUCUUGCCUAGUCCGCCGCGCCGUUUUAAAUCUCCGAUUAAACUUCACCGGAACUCGUCACCUCUCGACUUCCGGUUCUGACGCCGCUGGACUGUAUGGCUUUCACCGAUUGAAGUCUUCUCAAGGCUUUCAACGUCUCGUCGAUGAUGCUGUCAAAAGGAAAACAACGUGGUCAGUUAAUAGCAGUAUGGACAGUAGCAGAUUCAACUCUUCUCCUGGAAAUAGCAGCAGUGGUCCAUCUCGGCUUGUAAAGAUCAUUAAAGAUUUUCAAAUAAAGUUGUUUGCAAGAUUUGAAGAAAUUAAGAAUGAAUUUCCAAUGAAGUUGCUGUUAUUCUUGGUAGGAUUUUAUUGCGCAACAGGUUUUGCAACUGUCAUCGGACAAACGGGUGAUUGGGAUGUUUUAGCUGCCGGUCUAGCAGUGAUUGUGGUUGAGGGAAUUGGGGCUCUUAUGUAUAACAAUUCUUUUCCUUUACUUAGAAAGAUUAAGAAUUUUGUUUCCAUGUUUAAUUUUUGGAAGGCAGGGGUUACUAUGGGUCUUUUCUUGGAUGCAUUUAAGUAUAAAAUAGAUGACAUUUUUGUCUUACCUGUUGCUCCUAUCAAUUUUGAUAUAGAUGUGUUUCGUAUGUUUUUAUGACAUAUUUUAUUCCAGAAGUCGGUUUAUAUACCUUAUUUUUCUGUUGA